UCAUUCGUUCUGCUCCAAACGCACCAUGAACCGCUUCACCCUCAAACUCUUUGUGGCAGUGGCCUGUCUGCUCCUCGACGCAGGAGUUUCUGGGUUUAAAAUGACAACCUGUGGCCCUCACGUGCACCGCCUCACCUGUGAGACUGGAGUGAUAAACGUGACCAGUGCUUUCUUCGGACGCGCCGACAUAGGCACCUGCGCUGGCGCAAAGGAGCCAGGAGAGGUCACCAACACACAGUGCUCCCUGGACUCUGCCAUGGACCUGGUCACCAGAAGGUGCACUGGAAAGAAAGUGUGUGAGCUGAACGCCAACUGCUUUGACCACGACCCCUGCCCCGAGACCUUCAAGUACAUCCAGAGCACAUACACCUGCAUCCCAGCCAUCCACAUGAUCGUGUGUGAACAGUCCCUGGCCCACCUCGAGUGUGAUAACGGCAAGACGAUACACGUGAUUGGAGCAGACUUCGGGAGGAGGGACCACGUGACCUGUGGCUUCAGACGAGACCCGGCUCUGGUCCGAAGACUCGACUGCACCAACCCCAUUGACUUUCCAGGACAAAAGUGUAACAGGAAGUCCAACUGCGAGUUCCGAGCGAGCAAAUCUGUUCUGGGGUCCGGAUGUGCUGUAACAUCUCAGUACCUGGAGCUGGCCUACACCUGCCAGUAAUCCAGUCAAAAUAAAACCAAAUCAAGAGGGCUUCAAAGAAGUUUGCAAGCACUUUUGUUCUUCGAUAACCUUUAC